CGAAUCCUCGGUUCCAAUCCCCAGCGAGGGUUCUAAUUUGCCCCUUCCAUCAAAUUCCACCGCUCUGGUCGCUCCCAAUUCCGACGCCGCUGUCUCCCCUCAAAUUCUCGCAUGGAAUGCGCCCGAUCGAACGGCAGUGCGGCGGUCGAUGGCGGUGACGGCGAGGGGGGUCGGGGCAGGGCAGGCGGACGCGUCGAUUGCGCUACCGUUAGGAUGCGGCGGUGGCAGCCGCUUGAGAGGGGAAGAGGUGUUUCCAGUUCAAGAACUAGGAGCACGGAGAGGGAUGACGCGUCUUCUUCUUCAUCCUCUUCCUCCCGUCAGCGGACGCAGCGGACAGGGAUGCGCUUGAGGAACAGACACCGUAGCCUGUGGGCGCCUCGCGUUGGCCGUGGUAACGAGGGUCUCGAGGAUCUCGCUCUUCCGCUUGGCAUGUCCUUUGCUGCCGUCGUUGCGCAGAUUUUGAAUGGCAAGAACAUCUCAGGAAGGAGGUCACAGAUAAAUCAUUUUUCCAUGAUUUGUACUUCAGCAGUUAAAGAAUCUAUAACAAAUAUAUACGGCAAUAAGUUUGACUAUUUCAUAAGAAACUUUGAUAAGUCGUUCCAGAGCACAUUGAAGACCCUAUGUCUGAUUAACAAAGCAUCUAUUACUAAGCAAGAUAAUACUGAUUGCAGUUUUUUCACAUGCAGUAGUAGUGAAUAUACACCUGAAUUAGCCAAUCCUGAACCUGUCAGUGUAGUUGAAAAUCUCCAAGAAAAUAUGCCACUGAGUUCUAUGAGCAAUCAACUUAUUCCUUAUGGGCAGGAAAAUCAGCAUCUUGCAAAUAUUUAUCACGGCACAUCUAAUCAUAGGUUCAGUCAUUCUAUUCUGGAUACUUAUGAGAGAUCUGUUGUUGAGCAGACACGCUCUAAUGACCUGAAAGCUGUUGAGAUAGGUCUAGUCAUGGAAAAGUUGAAACUAAAGCAAUCCCAAUUAGCCCUUAGUUCCGAUGCAAAUUUGUUGGAGAAAAUAAAGAUAUCCAUGGGUAUCUCAAAGGCUUCCUUUAAAGAAGAGAAAUUAAGGAAUCAAAUGCUGGAGACCAGGCAUGCAGAACUCUUGAAGAGAUGCAUUGAUCUCCUAGUCACUGGGUUGAUUAUCAUGUGUGGCUUUCUUCUCUAUGGAGCAUCAAUUUAUUCCUUACAACGCAUCACAGAGGUGACAUCUGCCUGCAAUUACACUCUUAAGGAGUCCAGAUCGUGGUGGAUCCCGAAAUCAGUUCAGUCUUUUAGUUCAGGGUGGCUAACACUGAGAUGUCAUUUUGUGGUCCUGACCCGUAUGUGUUUUGGAAUAUUGAUGAUUUUAGCGAUUGCUUACUUGGUUUUUCAACGCUCGGCAAUGUCAGGUCCAACUAUGCCUGUGACUUUUUUGGUUAUGCUAUUGGGAGUUGUUUGUGGCUUUGCUGGUAAGCUAUGUGUAGACACAUUAGGUGGGAGUGGUUACCAUUGGUUAAUUUAUUGGGAAGUUCUCUGUAUGCUUCAUUUCUUUGCCAAUGUUUUCCCAUCUGCAUUUCACAAUAUUCUUUAUGGCCCUGUCGCUGUGACCCAAGUGGCCAACACAGUCAGGUUGCCAUACUGGGUAAGACGAUAUGCAUUCUACAUUCUCCUGCUGCUGAUUCUUCCCACACUGAGUGGUUUGCUGCCAUUUGCUUCAAUUAAGGAAUGGAAGGUGCAUUUUUCUGAGAAGUUAGCUUUUUGGAGUUCUGGUAUUGGGUACGAAGAGACAUUUGGAAUUAUAUAUGGUCCAUGAGAAGUUUGUUUUCCUGCAGUUACUCCCUGAUUAACCUUAUCUUGCAAGGUAGAAAGAUUCAGACUUCUGCUGAGUAGUGUGCUUAUGGUGCUGGUGUUGGUAACUACUGGUAUUUAUGUUGUAACUUCAAUUAAUUAACUGUUGCUCAAUGUAACCUUGGAAUAUUGGAUGGCAUACUCAAAUAUCAUGGACAGCUUGGCUGGGUUGGUCGGCACAGAAUCUGGAUACCUAUUUCAUGAUCUUCAAAUCUACUAUGAUGGUGAACGUUGCAGUUGUUAUCAGGUGGACACUAAGCAGUAUCCAAAGCAGCAAAUAUUUCCAGGUUACUUGAUAAGAUGAUAAAUGUUGUAUGCAAUAUGUUGCCGAUUUUUCCUGCAUUGUUGCUGUUUGCUUCAAAUAAUAACUGGAAGUUGAAUUUCUUUUAGAAGUGAUUUAUCUGGAGCUCAGUUAUUGGCAAUGAGGGAGAUACAUGUCAGAAAUAUACUUGUGAGUUCUAAACUUGAUUAUGCAAAGUUGUAGCAUCCCAAGUUUUAUGGAACAGUUAAUGCCAUUAUCGAAGAUGCUUUUUGAAAUGACUAUCAAGUGAGUUUGUUAUAGUGAUUUAUUUGCUUCAGUGCAAAAUUGUGUGUAUCGUGAAGUAGAAGUUCGAGAACAAUAUCUAGCGUUGUUGUUUAAGUUAAAAUCUAGUAUUUGUGUCGUAACUUUUUAUCAACAGUGCUCAAGUUAUUGACGGGUCUUCUACUUCGUUAUCAUGAUCUACAUUUCCUGCUCGCAGAAAGAUGGAAUCAAUGUAUGCAGAGCUGAAGAAUGGACUCCUCAAAAUUGAAGGACAAUCUGAGAGGUUCAGUAACAUUAUUUAGUGUUGUUGUUAACAUCUAAUAUUUGUGUUGUAACUUUAAUGAAAUCAUCAAUCACUGGUUAUUGUUGCUUUAGAA